UCAAAACGGCAGUCACGCUUAGUGCAACAAGCUGUUCGUUCUCUUGAAACCCAAGUUGUCUCGGCGGGUCUCGCGUUUGGUAAACAGAAAGCAAGCCCAGAGUGCUUUACCAUGAGAAAUUGCUUCGCGUUUCUAGUAGCAGGAGAUUGACAUACCCCGGGACUGGGACCCAGGCUGCUCUGGGUCGCAUUACGGCUGACUCAGCCCCACUGCCUUGUGGGAGUGGACAUCCUUAGAGAACUGCAGCCACCUUCUCCCCAGUUUUUGCAGAAGGACCUUUGUCCUUGGGUCACAUUCGACCUCGGGCACUCUUGUAGGCCGUGCAAGAUCGAAAAUGUUGGUGCCACAAGGUUUGAGACUGCAAUUGCCUGUAAAAGUCACCUUCAUUGACCUAGCUUCCUAAUGUUGAGAUCAAUCCCAGGUUUAGGUAGCCAACAAGGGUAAACUUAAAUACAUUUUGCAAUAAACCAGAGCAUUAUUAACACUGUCAGAGAUCUUAAAUACAAAAACCAGUUUCACAAAGAAAUGCAGCCACGCUCCCGAUACCAGUGUGCCAGAGGCUCGGCCCCAUUGCCACAGAAGAAUGCUGUGGACACCUCCCUAGCUUGGGACUCUGGUCACAUGUGUAGGCAGAAAUGACAAGGAGCUGUAACUGUGAAGGCGCGCAGGAUGGCGGGUGUUGGCAGAUGCUGGAAGCACCCCGCCCCCCAGCCCUUCUUCAGACUUGAGAAUCGAUGUCCAGUAACUUUUCUUAAAUGUUUAGAAAGUCACACAAGUGCCAUUCUAUUAAAAAAUAAACACGACAGAAGCUUUUGCACACUGUUCAGGUGCCCAGCUCAUUUGUGUGCAUAAUCAAAACGCAGCUGCUAAGCGAGAUCACUUGUAAGUUAUUUUAAAAUAUAGUACAUUUCAGUCCUAAAGAGAUGAGAUGUUCUUGACACUCCUAAGUGGUGAGGUUGCUUUAUGAUGUAAGCCUAUGCAUGUGCCUUCCUAUAUGGAAUAAGGAGCUCUGGUGGUCAAAAUACCCACCCAGAGGUCAGCAGUUCAAACCCACCAACAGCUUCUGCAGGAGAAAAGUGUGGCAGGAGGUCUGUUCCGGGAAGAUUAUCAGCCUUGGACACCCUGUGAGACAGGAUGGGUGUUUUUGCUAAAGUUGAUGUUGCUUAGUUUUGUAACUACAAAGUGUUACCUGGGUAUAAAAUGUUUAUACUGGGUUUUUUUUUUUUCUUUUCCAUAUUGGUUUAUCUUAGAUGAGCAAGCAUAAUUCUAAUAAAAAUGUUCUAAAAUUCAUGCCUAAUAGCUGGAAAAGUUGUUAUGUGCUGUGGAUCCCUGAAGACCCUCUAGGACCCCAUAGGACUGACCCAGAGAGUGGCCUGGGCUGUCAUCUUCAGGGAGCCCAUUGCAGAGCUGCUGGCCACCCAAUUACCAAAACUGACUCCAGGAGAGAGAACCUAAGAGAUCAGUAACUAUGGAAGAAACUGGGAAAGUUACCAAAAAGCUACCACUCCCCCAAACACCAGCUCCAGAUGGUGUGACAGGUUAGAAAAAUCCUUCAUGAAGAAAGACUUUAAGCAAUAUGAUGGAUUCAGAAGCUCAUGAAAAGAGGCCCCCGAUCCUAACAUCUUCGAAACAAGAACUGGCGCCUCACAUCACAAAUGUGGGCCAGGUGAAGCACUACCUGUGUGGCUGCUGUGCAGCCUUCAACAACAUCGUCAUCACGUUUCCCAUCCAGAAGGUCCUUUUUCGGCAGCAACUGUAUGGAAUCAAAACCCGGGAUGCGAUUCUUCAGCUGAGGAGGGAUGGAUUCCAAAACUUGUACCGUGGCAUCCUCCCUCCGCUGCUGCAGAAGACGACCACUCUGGCCCUUAUGUUUGGUCUGUAUGAGGACCUGUCCUGCCUUCUCCGGAAGCACGUCAGUGCCCCCGAGUUUGCCACCUGCAGCCUGGCCGCCGUCCUGGCAGGGACAACAGAAGCCAUUUUCACUCCGUUGGAAAGAGUUCAGACACUGCUGCAAGACCACAAGCAUCAUGACAAAUUCACAAACACUUACCAGGCUCUCAGGGCACUGAAGUGCCAUGGCAUCAGAGAGUACUACCGCGGCCUGGCGCCCAUUCUCCUCCGGAAUGGAUCCAGCAACGCCCUGUUUUUUGGCCUCCGGGGCCCCGUUAAGGAGUACCUGCCUACCGCCACAUCGCACAGUGCUCAUCUGGUCAACGACUUCAUCUGCGGAGGCCUGCUAGGUGCCAUGCUGGGAUUCUUGUUUUUCCCAAUUAAUGUUGUAAAAACCCGCAUGCAGUCCCAGAUUGGUGGGGAAUUCCAGUCUUUUCCCAGGGUUUUCAAAACAAUCUGGCUAGAACGGGACAGGAAAUUGACCAACCUUUUCCGGGGUGCCCACCUGAAUUACCAUCGGUCCCUCAUCUCCUGGGGCAUAAUCAAUGCAACUUACGAGUUCUUGUUAAAGGUCAUAUGAAAGACAGCGGAGUAAAAUGCCAUUUGUCAACUGACUAGCGCCAAGGGGAAUACAGUUGGGCCUGGUUCCCAUUUGGCCAAAUAACUUGUCAGAAGUUCAGGGCACCAUGAAUUGUGGGCAAAGUGGUUUUCCUUAAGCACCAAUAGCAGAAUAAAAGGUUUCCGUGGGAAAUUCAAAGGUUCUUUAUUCCCUGUCAUUUUACCUGAGAGCGUUAGACCGAAUGGCCCAAGUAAUGGCUAUCCGUCUGAUAACCUUUGACAGGGAAUAUGAUAGCCAAAUUGGUUUGUUUGGGGUUUUUUUCUUUUCCAAGACACUCUGAACCUCUGUGGCAGCGUCAGCGGCCGUGAGCAGCCAGAGACGGCUUUGGACCUGCUGGCUUCUCGGGCUUGUUGCUCCCUUGCUUGCCCCCUGCCCUCCCCAGGAAGGGCAAAGCAGUCCCGGGAGCUUGAGCGCGGCUGCGGUCCGACUAGGGCAGACGAAAGAAGAAAACGCUUACUAGCUGUAGGCAUUUGGUGCCGAAUUGCUUGUAUUGGUUCUGGAACUAAGCACCCCUUGAGAUAGUCAUUAUGAAAACUUUGUCUUGAGGCCCUGAUCAGGCAGCAGAUUUUAGUUCCCUGUUUUGCUUUCUAGGUUUGGAGGUCUUAAAAUUCUGGGUGUGACCUUAAACCUUUCCAAAAUACCCUUAAGCUGAUUUCACGGAUUUCAUUGCCAAGCUAUGGGGAGACCUUGGGGUUUGAUUCAGUUUCAUCCUGUUCCAUAUUAACUGCAUACAGAUCAGACUACCGACCUUGGGUUCUUUGAAUCAUUGGUGCCUGCCGCUUAUGGCUUUGUUUUGGGGGUUUUGUUUUCAUUGACAGUUUAGGCUUUAAAUUUUGUAACUUCUAAGUUGUUCUCCAAGUUUUCUGCUCUCUCUAAACUUUCCUUUAAAGAGCAGAAACUUGCUUCUGUAACAGUUUCCUUCGGAAGUCAGCCCAGAUUUGGUGUCCUGGUCUCCACAGGUUACAAGAAGGACCCCAAAACCACUCAGAAUGUCACCCACCAGUGUUUGCUUCCACUUAGAAAUCGAAAUUGCUAGUAGGAUUUUGACAUUUUGCAAACUCAGUUCUAUAAUUAUGUUAUUAAAAUAAUGUUUGGGAUCCUAAAAUUGAUGACACAUGUUAUUUCAAACUUUGAGGAUUUAUAAUAACCAGGUAGUUCAGUGGUUCUUCACCUGAUGCAGACACAAACCUGUUUGUCAAAGGAAUCAGAUUCAGAUUUAAAAAAAAUUUUUUUUCAGGUAAAAUAAUACAGCACAGUGACUCAUGGACUACUGACUAGCAAACACAUGAGCGACGUACAGAAAAGGUUCAUCUUUUUUUUUUUUUUUAACCAACCCACCUCUGUAAAUAUCAUAUAGUUAAGACUAUUCUCUGGUAUCCUGCCAUGGUAUAUAGAGUAGACAGAUUUCUGAUUUCAGAGUUUUCAUCUUUCUGGGUAACUGCAUGUUAAUAUGCACACCUCCAACAAAAUAAAACCAGGGCCUCAACCGGUAGCUGACUUGUAAGUUUCUGGGCAGAUGGUCCAAAACAGUGAUUUACCUCCAAAUGCAGUAUGGCUGAAUAAAGUGAAAUCCUUCGCAGAAACCAAGCAUUGGCUUGGCAGUCAGCAAGCUAAAUGACUCUUAUCGCAGCCUUGGCCGAUUACUUAAAAACCCAGGUGCAGAUUUAAGGAUUUCUGCAAAUGUGUUUGACACCAAAUAAGUGCUAGUAGCAUCCUUUGGCUAUUUUCUGAAGUGUUCACACUGAGUUGCAGUGUCAUAGGGUGCCGGGUGGUCCGGCCUGGGCGAGCAAGCCAGCGGGCCUGGGAUGGAUGCCCUCAGCCUUGCCUUUCCUCUUACACUCCAUGCAGGUGACGAGAUCUAAGUUCUAAAGCACUGUCAUGAAAUAUAAGGGAAGUGAGACUGAAGACUGCUUUAGUCUUGCGGUGUCAAAUGUGGCCAUUGGACACAAUUAUUAAUAAAUAUUUCUACUGGUUUUAACUUAAGAUAUUUUUGGAUUUCCUCGUCUCUUUUUAUAGCUUUUAAAGACCAAACUGCAAAUACAUUGCCAAUGAUGGUUUGUGUUGUCCUGUAGACUUAAAUUUGACAAAUGCUUGAACAGAAUUUAUGGUGACUGUAUUUUCUGAAUUUUGGAGUAAGUUAUAAUGUGUUAUUAACGAUGAACUGAUUCUACCCACCAUUGUUACCUUCGGGAUGAAUUGGUGAGAAGACAGUUAUGAUUGACUAACUUUACCUGAAAAGCUUUCAAAGCGGCCUGUUACCUGUGUAGCACCGCUGGCUCACACGCUGGGGCACUCUGGGUUUUGCCUCCUGUCCGUCAGUCUCUCGAGAUGCUACUAGAAUUAUGUUGUCAAGCCUGUUUAACACACCGGGAGAGGGGCUAUGCAGCCUCGGGACUGCACCAGAGUAAACAACCUUUACAUGGUGGCACAUGUGAGUGGGGACGGGGUGAUGUUUGUGCCACAGUAAUCCUAUGUAUUCUUCUAUGGUUAGUUAUAUAAUCUCACACGCUAUAUUGCGGACCGUGCAAUAAAACAGUCUGUAUCUUGGCAUCUUUGGGAACCUGAGCAGUGUCCAAGCUCAGGUAUUCAGCUAUGCGAACACGCCGGGGCAGUGGCUGGGGGGUGGGCAGACGUAUGAAACGGACCAGGAGGCUCAUUCAUGUGUGCUAGUCACGGUGAGCUAGCACUGGCUGAGUGUAGGUAAGGUCCUGCAUGGGCAAAUAACGAAGGCUGGAGGGGGUUACAUUUGAGUGGGGGAGGGGAAGCAGCCAGGCUUGGUUUGGUUUGUUCCUUUUUUUUUUUUUUUGGUUUGUUCCUUAAUGAGACAUUGGUCUUGGGUGCAAACCAAUGGGUUGCAGAGACUUGACCAGACAUCCUCCCCCACACUGACGAGUUUUGGACUUGAAUCUGUCCUUUGGCGUCACAGCCACGUGCUUGCCAAAGUGGCUUUCCAUUUGUGUGAGGGCCUCCACCUGUUCACAUCAUUAAAAAUGCUCUAGCACCCAAAGCAAUUUUUGUUUUCUACUUUGAAUUUUGCGACUAUGUGAGUUUAAAUGAAAUCUGUUAAUGUUUCAGAGUUAAUAUGCUUUUUUGGUUAUUCUGUCUGGAAUAAAGUUUUGGUUUGUUUGUUUUUAACUA